AUGGUGUCAACGGAGGUGAUUUCUAAUGACUCAGCCGGCCCGUCUCCAAAGACAAAAAAUCCUGCUCCAUUCUUGUCGAAGACGUUUGAUUUGGUUGAACAAGGAGAUGGAGGUCCAGAUGUUGAAGAAGAAUAUGGUAAAAAGAAGAUUGUUUCAUGGAAUGCUGAUGGAACUGGAUUUAUAGUAUGGUCUCCGGCUGAGUUCUCCGAGCUCAUGCUGCCCAGAUUCUUCAAGCACAACAAUUUUUCUAGCUUCAUUCGCCAGCUUAAUACCUAUGGAUUCAAGAAAACGUCACCCAAGCAAUGGGAAUUUAGGCACGAGAAGUUCCAGAAAGGUUGCAGGCAUAUGCUAGUGGAGAUUAGUAGAAAGAAAAGUGAUCCGAGCGUGUUUCCAGCAUACCUCAAGGCUUCUAGUGAAGGGAACAAUAUUAAUGCACAAGUAGCCAUGGAGAAAGACAAUCGUCUGUUACUAGUAGAGGAGAACGAGAAUUUAAGGAAAGAAAAGCUGCAACUGGAGAUGCAAAUUGCUCAAUUUAAAGCACUGGAAAUUAAGUUGUUGGAUUGCCUGGCACAAGAAAACAAAGUUAGGAGGUUGUGUUAA